AUGUCAAAGAUGAGGUAUUCAAAAAUAUCUCAGUAUUUGCAUUUAACUGAUUCUGCUAAUGCCCCCAACAAAAACGAUCCAAACUACGAUCCCCUGUACAAAGUAAGUCCUGUAAUUGAUUUACUUGUUAAUAAUUAUAAAAUUGUGUAUCUACCUGGGAAAAAUCUCAGUGUAGAUGAAGCCAUGAUAGGUUAUAAGGGUAGAGUACAUUUUCGACAGUACAUGCUUGCCAAACUUACUAAAUGGGGGAUCAAGGUAUGGGAAGUUUGUGAAUCAGCGACUGGAUAUUGUGUAAACUUCGAUGUUUACACAGGUAGAAAAUAUAAUGGAAACAGACCAUAUGAUGUUGUAUGGUCUCUUACUGAACCAUUUCACCAUCAGCACUGA